AUUCACUCUGACAAUGGCACCUGUAUGGUUACCCCGCACGAAGGAGACGAAGCCCGAUUAUACAUUCAGUUGUCGGAUCAGGACGUUAUCGACCCAGCUAUUGGGCGCGUAGACCAGAACCGGACUCUGAGCCCAGAGAAGUUGCUUGCGGUCGGAAAGAAGAUGCUUUAUACAUACACCCUCGAGAGCCGACAUGGGUUUGACUGGUGGGCAAUCUACACCAGUGCGUACCAUCCGUCACUUGGGCAUGUUGCUAAUGUGAUGAUGGGAUUAGCUGGGCAGCGCGUGGCACCCAAGUUUUCCACUCAUGAGCGCGUUUUUAUAGCAGGUGACGCUUGCCAUACUCAUUCUCCCAAAGCAGUGAGCCAGGGCAUGAAUGCAAGCGUGAGUGAUACCCAUAACUUAGCGUGGAAACUUGCGCAUGUGUUACGGGGAUGGGCAGACUUGUUCAUGCUGAAAACCUAUGAACUCGAACGCCGACAAUACGCUCAAGAGCUGAUCAACUUUGACAAGAAACUCUCUGCUCUUUUCUCUGGAAAGCCUAGGAAGGAGGCGUUCCAAGGUGGUGUAACUCAUGAGGAGUUUUUGAGCGCCUUCCAGGCGUAUGAAGGAUUCACCUCCGGAAUUGGCGUGCACUAUGCCGAAUCGGCAUUGGUCAACAGUAAGCACCAGCCAUGUGCGCAAGGGCUCGUCGUCGGGGAGCGCAUGCUGCCUCAGGAGUUCAUCCGUGCAGCCGAUUCUCGGCCAUGCGAGAUCCAGGACCUACUGCUCUCCGAUGGACGUUUCAAGGUAUUGCUUUUUGCUGGUAGGGCCGACGGACCAGAGCAGCCAGCCAAGAUACACGCGAUGGCCGGGGAACUUGACAAGCCAACGAGCUUUUUGAAACGGUAUCUUGCGAAAGGAAAAGGAGUCGAGGGCAUGUUCGACGUGAUCACGAUCAUUGCUCGUGCGCAGGGGAACGGCAACGUCUUUGCUUUGCCGGAUGUCUUCCGAUCACACUGGUCGAAGAUUUUGAUGGAUAAUAUGGAUGUCACAAGGAGCAAGGGUGGACACGCAUACGAGAGGUUCGGUAUCGGCUUGGAUGAGUUGGCGCUGAUCAUCGUGCGGCCAGACGGGUAUAUCGGGAUGGUUGCACCGCAGUCCUGUGAGCGCUUGCUCGUCAUUGAUAUCUAG